GAAUUGUCCUGAGGGUGCUGGGUCACGUGGGCGUGUUAGGUCAGAGAACCUGUGAAAGCCUUUGAAGAUGACAAUAUUGUGGGAUGGGUUAAGCUCUUCUUAUUCACUUGUAAGGAGUUGUGUCAAAUAUCGAAAGUUCAGAGAGCCAGUGAGAUGGGUCAGUGGCUACAGCCUCACAAGGGAGAACCAGAGGUGGGAUCCUCAGCACUGAUGGACAAGAAGCAACGCGAGUGGGAGCACCUGGAGCGCGAGCUUGGAACGAGAAUCCACGAGUUGUAAGAAAAUGGCAGAUAAGCGGGACAUGAGGGAAAUCGCCAGCUUCGAUAAGGCCAAGCUGAAGAAAACCGAGACGCAGGAGAAGAACACCCUGCCGACCAAAAAGACCAUUGAACAGGAAAAGAGGAGUGAAAUCUCCUAAAAGCCUAGGAAGAUUUCCCCACCCCACCCCUUCAUCUCCCUUCAUCUUCAUCAUCAUCUCAUGAUGUGGAGGAAGAGCCCCCUCCAAGAUGGACGCGAGCCACAAGCUGCACUGUGAACCCGGGCACUCCGCGCCGAUGCCACUGGACCGUGGGUCUCUGAAGGGGACCCCCAGCCCCCACUAAUCGGACUCCCAAAUUUCACCAGUUUGCCCUGGGAUAUUAUAGAAAAUUAUUUGUAUGAUUGAUGAAAAUAAAACACACCUCGUGGCAAAAAAAAAAAAA